CGGUUUACAAUAUUCCCAUGGAGUCGUGAUACAGUCGUCGAAGAAGUUUAGAGGUCAGCUUAGCUCUUAGAAUAGAAUCUUCAAGCGAUGUGCGUUGCAUGAACAUUGUGCGCUCGGCUGCCUUCGAAAGCGCACGUUCGGACCGUACCGCUAUGCAAGAAAAAUAAUCCCGUCCACAAAACUCGCGUCCGGCGCGUUAUUAAUCAACCACAAUAGCAAUAAGCAAUAUUUCGAAAUUCGUCAAUCCUUUUCUGAGACCUUCAUUCUACUUCAAUGCCGACUGAAGUUUUUUUCGAUUGUGACACCGUUAAGUUAAAACAUGCGUUUACAUAUGUUUUGGUGAUUUAAUUUGUUUGUAACAAUUUGUUUUUGUAUUCAAGAUGUAUGCGAAGAAGGUUUUUGGUUUAUUUUCUUCAGUGCUUCUGUCGAUACUUGUGAUAACCGGAGGGUCAGAAGAUGGAAGUCGGGUGAAGCGAGUCCGUGCAGAUAGUAGUGCGGUGGCUCGUGAACCAGCACAGGCUUUGGAUGCCCCUGACCCAGAACAGGGCGCAGCUCCUGCCCCACCAGCCUUCCUUAGCCCCUCUGUGAAGGAAUAUCUUGAACUGGGAAUGGCUAUACCCGGGAAACCAGGUACAGACUACCCAGUUCUUGGUGCGGUGCCAUACACAAACUUUUACUGCGAUGACCAGCCUUAUCCAGGCUUUUUCGCGGAUAUGGAGACACGCUGUCAAGCGUGGCACUACUGUGACAUCGAUGGUCGUCAGGCGUCGUUCCUCUGCCCCAACGGCACGGUGUUCUCUCAGGGAGUAGCGUCCUGCGACUGGUGGUUCAACGUGCGAUGCGCAUUGUCACCAGCUCUCUACCGACUCAAUGCACGGCUGUACCGUCGGAAGAAGCAGUCCAGGCCGAAACCACAUCGCCUUAUAGACAAGAAACUCAUUUCGGAAAUAUUUUUGUAAAUAUUUUGUAGGUAUAUGCGUUGUUAAUUGCCAUGAGUUGUUAGAUAUGUUGUCGGUGGUUCGGGUUAUUUAUCUGCAAAUUAAUAUAACAUAAAAUGAAAUAAAUUAACAACACUAGUUUGUUACAGAAUUGAUAAAAUAUAUUAACCUUCACUUACAAUGUCCAUGCACAUAAAAAACCCCUUAUUCACUUUAAGUAUCCGUUAAGUUUUACCAGUAGUACAAAAUAUUUGUAUCGAAUCCUUUAAGUUUAAAGAACCUGAAAAAUUAUGAAUUCUAACUUUGUGGGUAAAAAAAAGGUAUAAAAUUCCUGGCAUAAUACAAUUUCAAACAUACAAAUCUACCAAACCAUACCCGAAAAUAAGUAAGAAACAAAUCUUAAGUCGGUACAUAUCUGGCUUCUCAUGGGGAAUUGAUAAUGUAUUCAACGAGUAUAGGAUUAGAUUUAGAUAGAGCAUUUUGUAAGUACCUACUUAAAUAGUAAUUACCGUAAUAAUUGAAAUCUUUACCUAUGUAUAAUAAAAAACAGCUGUAAUUUAUUUAACAUCACACAAUCAUUGGAUAUGCUCAAGCAUAUUUAAUUUUUGUAUUAUGUUAUGCUAUUAUAACUUAAGGUCUUAAAAACCUUUUUUACCACCAUUAGGUUUCUAUACAUUUGAUUUUCUUUUAAAUAUGUAACUAAAUAUUUAUAGCGACUUAUCAUUGUAGAGGUUUUCUUUUCCUGUUAUAUUUCACAAUGACAUACUCGUUGAUCUAAAUAUUUAAGUGAUUUUAAAUAAAUUGUCAUUUACGUUGAAAGUGUCCAUAAAGACAAAGGAAAUUUAGGUUUAUUAAUACGUAGAUUUUCCACUUAAUUAUAAAAUGAUAAAGUUAUUAAAGAAAUUGAUUCACAGUCAAGAGACGAUGUAAAACUAUAGUUUAUCAAGUUUUCAGUGGAAUAAACCUACAUUACAAUGCACCAGGAUACAUAUUAGUGAUACUCUUACUGUGAUAGAGGUAAUGGCAGACAUUAAUAACCUACCUUUAUCCAAAAUCUCUCGAUCCAUCUUCUCUUUUUAUCAGAAACUGAAAAAUUACGUAAAAAAUCACUCUCAGUACCCCUACGUUUAACGAGAUCAAAACGAGAGCGCGAUCUGUGCUCUGAUUGGCCGGCGCGAAUAAACGAACCAAUCAGAGCACUGACCGCGCUCACGUUUCGGUCAAGUUGAAAGUAAAACAAACUCAUACUAAGCCCUCAGAUCGAGUUUGGUUACUAAGAUACGAUACUCUACUGUGUACCUAAUGUUUAUCAAUUGAUCUGUUUACCAUUCUAACAAAUUGUAUCUCUAUACAAUAUCUGUGAAUAGUCUGAAACAGUAAGUCAAUUUCCGCACACAAAAAAGAUAAAACCAGAUAAAAGAAGUUGUUUUAUAUUUUUUACUUAGAAGUAUUUCGUGCUCUUAUCAAUAGUAAGUAUGAUGUUUUGAAUGAACGAAUAUACUACUACAUUUAUGUAUGUCGUUUAAUUUAGUAAUUUUGUAUUUAUGCAAAAUAUUUUUUACUAUAUUGAUGAACACAUUAUGUAACUUAAAUCCUUUGAUUUAUUAUGUCUAAUAAUAGAAGGUUUAACCUUCAGGAGAAUAGUACACUUCUAUAAAGCCCUAUAAAAUGACAUACAUAUAUGUAGUUAGGUACCUACAACCUAUCAAUUUAAAGACAUCAGUGUCACGAGUUGAAGAUUUAUGAAGUUAAGAAGCUUAGUUACAUUAAGCAAGUACGAUGAUACACUGCCAUGAUGAUAGUCAAUGAUGACAGAUAGAUAUACUUUGUACAUACAUAUUUAAUCACAGAUUUUAAACAUAAGAAGAUUUUAUUCAUCAGAAUUAUCUCUGAUUAAAUGUUUUGAUACCUCCCAUUAUACACUUGCUUGUAGUAUGUUCAGAAAUCGACCAUACCUAUAUACAUACCUAGUUUAAAUAUUUUGGUAUAUUACAUAGUCUUGUCAUAAAUAUUGUACAAUGUAUUGGCGCCAAAAUGAGAAAACACAAAAUAAUUAACAAUCGUAUAAAAAUGACAGAUUCGAAAUUCAAAUAAUUGUAUUUUUUUUUUAUUUUUACGUGUACCAGUGUUUAUGGCCAGACUAAGUAUAUCAUUAGAACUUAUUGUAAAAUGGGAUAUUUACCAUGUUUAUUAAUUUUGUGAGUUUCCGAUAUUUCGGCGCUGUUGCAAGCGCCAUGAUCACGGAUGAACUGAGAAUAAACAUGGUAAAUAUUCCGUUUUAAGUUCUAAUGAUAUCACUAGUGAUCAUGUCAGUUUAAAAACUUAUACAGUUAGUUACAAAUUGGUUGCGUUUGCUUUUAGUACCUAAUACUGAACAUUGAUAUAGUUAAAUAAGUAAUGACAUUUGUAAAUAUGAAACUGUCAUUAUUAGUUGUGUGGAGAUCUCUCUGUGACGGAGUUGUAGAUUUGUAGGAACUUAGAUUUCAAUAAAUGUGUUUUGUAAGAUAA